AUGACCCUGCGAUUCGACCCAGAGUACCAAGCCGCCAUCGCCGCCAGAGACAGCGGCGGCGGAGGUCCCGCCCCGCCGGCGGCACCGUUCAAGGACGCCCUUGAACUCCGCGCCUUCUCUGAGCCCUUGCUCCGCACCGUCCUCCGCGCGCAGCCGACGCCGGACAACGUCCUCGAGACGCGUAUCCCGUUCACCUCGCACGACGGACAGGAGGUCGGGCUCUACCGCUUCGCGACGCGGGAGAUGAUUGACAGCUCCGAGCCCCUGGCCGCCGUGGUAUACGUCCACGGCGGCGGGAUGGUCUCGUGCGAUGUCGACAUCUUCAGCCCGCAGAUUAAGCGGUUCGUCGAGAUGGUGGGGAUGCCGUUCUUCGCGGUGGAUUACAGGCUCGCGCCAGAGUUUCCUGACGGGCUGGGCGCCGAAGACGUGUAUUACGGGUUAAAGUACCUCUCGGAGAACGCUGCGCGCUGGAACGUGGAUAGCGGCAAUAUCGUCAUCAUGGGCGACUCAGCGGGCGGCGGGCUCGCGGCGGGCGCGACGUUGAUGGCGCGCGAUAGGGGUCUGACGCCGCCGCUGCGGAAGCAGGUGCUCGUGUACCCGAUGCUCGACGACCGGACCACGGUGCCGGAGAAUGCGGCGAUGUACCCCUUUCUGGCGUGGAAGGCGCACGACAGCGUGCUCGCGUGGCGGGCGGUGUUGGGGGAUAAGGCUGGGGACCCGAGGCCUCACGCGGAGGCGGGUGUCUCGUUGUAUGCUGCGCCGGGUAGGGCUUCGGUGGAGGAGUUGAGGGGACUGCCGAGGACGUAUGUUGAUGUGGGCGGGUUGGAUUUGUUCCGGGACGAGUGUGUCGACUUCGUGAGGAGGCUUUGUGAGGCUGAGGUGGAGGUUGAGUUUCACUUGUGGCCUGGGUUGCCGCAUGGGUUUGAGAGUGCGCCGGGGAUUGGGUGGGUGAAGAGGGCUUUGGAGGCGAGGAAUGAGGCUUUGAGGAGGGGUUGA